UCGAACUACUUGAACAGAAAUAAUACGAUUGACACUCAUCGAAAACAAACAAGGUUCAUACACUGAUAAUAAACACACCCGAUAUCAUGGGAUAACCACCAAUGAUAUUUCCAUUCGGGCCAGUGAAACCUGCUAAAACUCCCCUGAAGAUUACCUAAACUAUCCCCACUAUCCUUAAGCCCUUACAAAUUUAAUUACGAGCCUAUAUCCGAAACAUUGCCAAAUCUGGUCAGUGUUUCAAGUGUUCUUCUAGAGGUAGCACAAGAAUGAGGGUUUACAAAAGUGACGGUACCUUCACGGAGGAUACAAAUGACAACGACUUCGGGUGGUCGUUUAGUGAAAUAGCGGUGGACGACGGCUUCGAGAGGGCUGACCAGUAUAACAAGGAGACCAGAGUUCUCACCGCUCUGAAGAAAUAUCUACCAAAACAUCACUCAGUAGAGGCAUUGGAAGCCCUCCUGAACCUCGAGCUUGCCGAGGAAGCAUCUGAACCACCAAAUCUCAAACUGGGCCUUCUUCCCAACUCCCCAAUCGAAAAACUACUCAAGGAAAAACUGAACUUCAGAAUCCCCUCCAAACAAGAACUGGCCAAAAACAUCAAGCCCUGCAACCCCGAGUCUAAGAUGCUUCUCGCUGUCGUUUAUUUCGCGAAGUACAAGAGCCUCAUCAAGGAAGAGGCAGCUGAGGAUCUAAUGAAGAACCUAGACGUGAAGACGACGAAUUUCAAGUACUUCUUGAAGGAGGAACCGACAGACAUUUCGGAAGAAAUGUACAAAGAAAUCCUCUACUACCACACCAACAAGGAGGACAGCAUGCUGAGUCUGAUGAUGGAGCUGAUACUCAAAGAUAUCGAGUGCAACGCUAAUGAUUUGGUGUCCCCCCCUGAAGAGGAGAAAGCUGUAUCUUUGCCUCAAUUUGUGGUGGAAACUAGCGAUUUAGGCAACAGCAUCGACAGUGGCACUUCCAGCAAAGGGGAGCCUAGCAGGGAUUACCCCCAAACAGCGAACAGAUCGAAUAUUUUGAGCAGCAUCGGCCUAGAUUAUGAAGACAGAAGCAUUCGCUGUCUUAGAGAAGAGACUUGUGAAAUGCAUCACCAUUUGGCAGAGAUUAGGAAAAGCUUUCAGGAGUGUGAUGUCAAGGUUAACAAUCUGCUGAAGGAAACAAAUGCGUUAAGGAACGACUUGAGGGAGACCCAAUACCUAGACGACUUAAUCAAUCUAUUGGAGGGUAACUUAGAAAAAGUGGCGUCGAAGAAACUGCCGUUUCGGAUUUUCCAACAGAAAAACAACCCAACUGUUCAUGCAUCAGAGCUCAAUCUUAUAAUUUAAGAGUACUUUGGUCUCAGAGCCGAAUAGACAAAUUUUAUGGAUGGCCAGAAAUCUUAUGAUGAAUGAUUUUCAUAACGAUGCAAGAAUAACAGGAAAUUUGGAAAGUUUCUAUGUGUGCAGUCAGUUUCUGUGAAAAUUGUUACAGAGGUUUGUCAUGAAUAUGAAAUACUGACUUGCCAUGUGGAAAAAACGUUUCAACAAUUGAACAAUUUUGUAAACAUGAUUGAAAUAAAGCGUUCCUCUAAUUGAAAGA